AGUAAGUGCUCGGUGCUCCGCAAGCGGCUCAACUUGCGCGCGUGCAAGUCCACCUCGCUAUCGCGGCGUAGCUCUUCGGCGAGCUCCGAGUGCGAAUCACAGCCGCGAAGCCGCUGCAGCCUCUUCGCGAGGAGCGCCGAAAGGUCUCAGCUGAUUUGCUAUAAGGACGACAACAAAGUCAUUACCAAACUCACGAGAUACAACACGUUCGAUGCGAAUAAAGACAAGGCGAAACACGCCGACAAAGAUUCCGAUCGCGAGAAAAGUCCAGCAAACACGCGCACCGGCGGUAAACGCGCCGCGAUGCUCACAAAGUUUCAAUCGUUGGACGAGCCAUGCACGCCCUCCACACCAUCAAAAGUCGUUUAUUAUGACACAAAGAGCAAUGUGAGCAUUUCGGCGCACGACUUCAACUCAGACUUCAAGAUGUUGAAGUAUGAAAAGAAACGGGCGGCGACGAGGCAGCGGCACGAUAUGAUCGCGGACACGGUGGACGCGUGGGCGAAAAAGAAAAACAUGCUGUCGAAUUUGAAAAGUUGUAUUUUUAAACAAACUGAUAAGGAUAUUGUGUAUAAGCCUUUGGUAUUUGGCGGUACGUUCCCAAUCGACGCGCCCACCGUGCAGUCUCCGCCGAGGAUUAAACUGCCGCCGGAUGAUCCCCGUCCGCCGUCGCCUCUCUCCCCAACGGAAUUACGCGUACCGCGUUUAAACAAUUACGCGGGCGCAGAAAAAUUCCGCAAAUACGGGCCUGCAAAGAGUUUUGAUAUAGAUCUACCGAUUUAAUAGCAACCUGAAAAUAGUUGUUUUGUUACGGCUCGCACAAUCAAACAAUAAACCGGUUGAAUUUUAUAAAAGGAUAAAAUGCGUAAGCGCCAUAAAUCAUUAAUGCAAACAAUCACAUGUUUUUAUUUUUAUCAUCAUCAAGUAGAUGACUGUUAAAAGUAAAAAGCCUUAGUGAAAGUUGUCGGUGUCGGUGUUAAACUGUUAAACUAAAAAUAUUGAAACGUUAAAUUAGGAUGCAACAACCCUCUAUGUUAUUUUGCAUUGUUGUUAAAUCUAAUUGCGGCAAAUAUAAAACAAAAACCACCGGAUGAUUAUACAAGUUAUACUAACGUUACAAAUGUGUACAAGUGCUUUUUAUAUGUUUACAAAUAAACAUAAUAUGCUAAA